AUGGCUGUACGAGCCUUUCAAGGAAAAAAUCAUGCAGCUGCUUACCGGCAGUACAGAGUAGCACCCCUUGAAUUAAUCAGCAGGAUUGUGAGCUUCAUGGAGGAAGAGACACUAAACCAGUUCGAACUCGCAGUGGAUGUGGGCUGCGGUUCGGGACAAGGGAUGAUACCAUUGGCUCCAUACUUCACCAAGGUUGUUGGUACAGACGUUAGCCCCGCCCAGUUGGAGAUGGCUGUGGUCAAUAACAACCCUCCAAAUGUAUCGUACAGGGAGUGUCCGGCAGAAGAUCUACCGUUUGCUUCUGGUGAGGUGGACCUUCUGACGGCCAUGACGGCGGCUCACUGGUUCGACCGCAAGAGGUUCCUCCUGGAAGCUGACAGGGUGCUGAGGCCUGGAGGCUGCUUGGCUCUCCUGAGCUACACCAUGUAUUUGGAGCUGGAGUAUGCGGGCGUCUCCAACACAACACUCAAUGACAUCUGUAAAGAGGCGGAGUUAGCAAGCCGUGACGACAGCGUGACGGUUGUGACCCUGAGAGUGUUUUAUGAUUCAUUACACAGCUUUGCUUCUUUUGUGUCCAGGAAUGACUGUCUGAGGGUCAAAAGGAUUUUGCCCAUGGUGGAGACCUUCUCCACCUUCCAGAACCUGGUGAAAAAGGACCCCGCCGAGGCUGAACGUCUUUCUAAUGGCAUCAUGAACAAGUGA